CUGGAUCAGCCUGGCCUUCCAACCCCGGGCACGAGCUACACCGCCGGCUCUCUCCUGGGUCGGAGCGAGCCCAGGGUGCGGCCCUCCUCUGUGCGAACACUCACGUUCCUUGUGGAGAGACUUUCCAUUUGUUUGGAUUUGAACCAUCUUUUUAUGGUGAAAGCUAUGUGGAACUCAACGUCAUAGAAGUUUCCUCUGAGUUAUCUCUUCAAUUAAAAUUUCAAACCAGCAAACCACAGGGAUUACUUUUUCUUGCAGCUGGGAAAAACGACUACUGUAUAAUAGAACUUCUAUCAGGAAACUUACGGGUGAGAGUGAAUCUGGGGACAGGUGAACAAGUGCUCCUUUCUGAGCAAAGACUUCGUGUGGAUGACUUGGUUUGGCAUUUAGUGGAACUGUACUGUGUUAAGGAUAAUAUCUCUCUGGUUAUUGACAAACGCCAUGAGACGACUGGCCAGAUCACCGGUGGGAUGCACAAUUUGCAUUUUCAGCAUGGAAUCUAUGUAGCAGGCCGCGGGGGGCUUGAUGUCCCAUACCUAGAUGGAGAGCUCCCCAAUUUCCGUGGAUGUAUGGAGGAUGUGGUGUUUAACCAGAGGGAGAUCCUUACAUCCCUUAGAUCUUACCCUGGUUUUAAGAAAGUUUAUGAGGUGUCACUAGGAUGCAGUGAUGAAUUUUUUGCAGGGGAGGAUGAAGCCAUCAAUUUCUUUAGCUCCAGAUCCUAUGUCACCUUCCCAGAGUGGAGGGUGCAAGGGGACGGGCUGUUGGAAUUUGCUUUGCAGACUGCAACUCAACAAGCCUUGCUUUUAUUUCAGUCAGGUAGAGAAGGAGAUUUUGUUGCUUUGGAGAUGGUUAAAGGUUUAUUGACGGCUCAUGUAGGAAGGAAUAAGAGUGAGACUCAGCUCUCUUCUUUCCACCUAGUUAGUGACAACCAGUGGCACCGUGUUCAACUUAGAUUCACUGAAAGGUGUCUGGACCUGGUGGUGGAUGAACAGGGAGUGACGACAUUGCUGACUGUGCAAAGCAAACUGUUUGUGUCUGAAGGCCCCCUCUUCGUGGGAGGUCUUGAUAGCCACAAGGGAGAAGAAGUUAAGAGGUUAGAACUUGCCUCUGUGCCUAGGAAAUCUGCUCGAGGAAUCUCUUUCAAAGGGUGCUUAAGAGGCUUGGAAGCCAACUCAGAAAAGAGAGCAUUAAAGGAUGCCCUUGUUUCCAAAGAUAUAUCUGCUGGGUGUAAAAUGAAGAGUGGUGAUAACGAAAAUCCUUCUGUAACAACCACGGAAAAGCUGCUUCAGGCAGAAGUUCCCCUUUCCAUUGCCGACCUUGAGGCAGGCAAGCCUAUUCUUCAAGAAGCGAGUAGCUACUUCUUGGUUCUGAGUAACUUGCAGGUCCAAGAAGGUGGGCAAGCCUUACUGGAACAAAAGCAUGUGAAGGUGGAUGUGGAGUCGAAGGGCUUGGGUAUCCAUCAGUCUCAGAUACUAUUCAAAAUAAAGGAGAUGCCUAUUCAUGGGGUCCUUCAAUUAGAUGUUUCCCCUGAGCAAGAAAUGGAGAAGGCUUUCACUCUGUUAGAUUUGGGGCAAGGAAAAGUUUGGUAUGUCCAUGACGGUUCAGAAGAACCGAGGGAUUAUUUCACGUUUUCAGUCUCUUCCAACAGCACACAGGAAGUGCCGUUAUAUCUGCAAGGACACAUUUCAUAUGUGUUCAACAUUAUUGUCAUUCCAGUAAAUGAUCCCCCAAAGCUUAAGCUCCCUGAAGGAAACGUGCUUCUCGUGUUUGAGAACUCUAAGAAACGAUUGACUCCAAAUACCAUACAUGUAUCAGACCCAGACACAGAUUCCUUGAGUCUUAGUUUCUCAGUUCUUGGCAACUUCAAUUCAGAUGCUGGGUUUUUAGAAAACAUCAAUGAUCCUGGGAGAGCCAUUGAUGGUUUUACACAUGGGGAUUUAAGAGACGGCAACAUUUUCUAUGUGCACAGGGGCCAUCGGAACGCCCGGAUCCUUCUGAGAGCAAGUGAUGGGGAGCUGGUUAGCAAUACAGUGGUGUUACGGGUCAUGGCUGUUCCUUGGGACUUUGCAGUGGCCAGUAGAACCGGUGUGGUCGUACAGCAGGGUGGCACGGUGCUGAUUACGCAGAGCAACUUGUCGGUGGAGAUUAAUGGGGAACCCCCUGAGGUGGACACCCGCUAUCUUAUCACGCAUCCACCUCGGUAUGGCCAGAUUCAGUGGCAGCGGUCAAGUGGCGAGUGGAAACCAAGUGGUACCUUCUCUCAGCGUUCCAUUGAUCAGGGUCGGGUCCGGUACCGUAGUACGUACAAAGAAUUGCAGCUAGAAAAUGUUACGGAUCACUUUAAAUUUAAAGUUAACUUAGAAGGAAAAAGCAGUGAAGAGCUGAUGUUUCCUGUUACGGUACAAUGGCUGAGGUUUACCCUUCUAAAAAAUGUGCCUCUUGAGAUCGGUAAAAUAAACAGGCAUGUAUUGAAUUCUGAUCAUUUGCAGGCUGUGACAGAGGGUGUGGAGGUAGCUGAGAGGGAACUACAUUUUAAGUUACUGACCCCACCUAAGAAAGGAAAAUUGCUACUUGGCACAAAAGUUCUAAAAACAAACUCAGUCUUCAGCCAGCAAAACAUUACAGACUCUGAGAUAAGUUAUGAACCACAGGAGAAGCCCAGGGAACACUCACAAGAUACUUUUAGAUUCUUAAUGGUUGCAGAACACAUCAAAUCAAAAGAUUAUACUUUCAGAAUAAAUUUUAAAGCAGAUAAGAGGCGCAUUAUUUUAACAAACAGAGGAUUGUUUGUAAAAGAAGGAGAAGAGAGAUUAAUCACAAAAUCAGAACUCUUUGCUCAAACCUCGGACAAUCAGACUUUCCAAUAUAAAGUCACCAAGACUCCUCAACAUGGGAAGCUGAAACUGAUUCGAUCUCCAGAUCCUCUGGGAAGUCGUGACAAUAUCACCACGUUCACUGAUCAAGACAUCUUGGGUGAGCGGCUGAUGUACGUGCACGAUGACUCUGAGACCCAGCGAGAUGAAUUUCUCCUCGUGGCCUCCACUGCAGCACCAGGCCAAGAGGGAGUGGUCAGGGAUCUCGGCACGGAGCCGCUGUCUACAGAAAUCACAGUCACCAUUUCUGUGGAGUUAAAGAACGACGAGAAACCAGUGCGCGUGGUGGAUGAGGUCUUUCACGUUGUGCGGAACGGCCAGCGCUUGUUGACCCUAGCAGAUCUCUGUUACCAUGACCCCGACUCAGAUUUUGACGACGGGCAGUUGCUCUACACCCGGCGGGGCAUCCCGAAUGGGGACUUGGUGCAAGCCAGUGACCCGACUCAGAAGCUCUACCAGUUCAGGCAAGACGACCUGCGGGAAGGGCGCGUGCUCUUCAGGCAUCAGGGUGCAGGCUCGGCCCGCUUUGUGCUGUUGGUGACAGACGGCGUCCACUACGCAUCGUCCCUCCUCGAGGUAGACGUGUCAGAUCCCUACGUCCGCUUAGCUAACCACACGGGACUGCGGGUGCAGAGGGGAAAGGAUAGCAGCCUCACGACAGCCAACCUCAGUGUCACCACAAACCAAGAUGUCAGAACGGACCACGAGAUCGAAUUCCACAUCCUGCGGCCCCCAGAGCACGGCAGAGUGCUGGUCAACAGCUCAGGGUCCGGCUCAUUUUCCCUGCAUGACUUGAAGCAAGGACGUGUGAUUUAUAGACAUGACGGCAGUGGCAGCUUCGAUGUGUUCAACCUGACGGUGACCGUUAAAGAUACAUCUUUAGAAGUGGGUGUCUGUGUGCAAGUGGACUCGGAAAGCCACCAGCAUCACCCCCAAAGGCUGCACAGCAAGAGCGUUGUGGUUGAAGAAGGAAAAUCAGUCAAGCUGAGUGGAGGAAGCCUCCAGGCUGUACAUGAAGAUAGUAUUCCUCCAGAGGCAACGUUCGUUGUUAGGACUCCACCAAUGCAUGGAUACCUCCGCAGAUCUUUACCAGAGGAGGGCAGCUUGGGUGCAGGUGAAAAGUCCCCUUUGAUUUUUACACAACAGGACAUUGAUGAUGGUUAUAUCCACUAUGUACAGUCAGCUCCUGACCAACAACAGGACCGUUUUUUCCUGGAUGUGAUGAAUGGCUUCCGAGCUCUGAGUAGACUUGAAGUCUGGGUGGAUAUCGUCCCUAAGUGGAUUCCUCUGGAGGUACAGAACUUCACAGUCCAGGAAGGUGGUUCCAAAACACUUCCAGAAGACUACUUCAGAAUUCCAAGCAAACAUCUGGAGGGACUUGACUGUGAAUUUGUUCUACUCAAACCACCAAAACAUGGUUAUGUUGAAAAUUCGCAUUUUCCAAGAGUAAAGCUAAUGAAAUUUACCAGGAAACAGGUAGAAGAUGAACUGAUUUCCUAUGUUCACGGUGAUAGCAAGGAGCUGCUUGACAAUUUCACCAUCUUUGCAAAUAGCUCAGAGCUCGGAAAACAGAGUUUGCCCCAAACUCUUUUUGUGACUGUCGAAUCAGUGAACGAUGAGACUCCAGUAAUAACAGCCAAUAAAAUCCUCCAGGUGUGGGUAAAUUCUGUCACUGAGAUUACCCGUGGUGAGCUCUGUGCAGAAGAUGGGGACUCCUCCCCGCAGGACCUGGCCUACUUGGUCUCUCCACCCAGCAAUGGACAUUUGGCUCUCAAGUCCGUCCCUGGCACUAGCAUCCAGAACUUCACCCAGGCUCAAAUCAACGAGGGCCAGCUAGUGUUUGUACACACUGGAGCAAUGUCAGGAGGCUUUAAUUUUCAGGUUACUGACGGUUUGAACUUUGCACCGAGACAGAUUUUUAGCAUCACAGCUCGAGCUCUGAUCAUUACCUUAGAAGUAAACAGAGGACUGAGCAUCUUUCCAGGUUCCAUGAAGCCCCUUUCAUCUCGUGACCUGAGAGCUGUGACCAAUGACAUGGACAGUGCGGGAAACAGAACUAUAACCUUUACGGUUGUAAGUUCCCCAAGACUCGGGAGGUUGGUGCGAGUCAGUUCUGACAACAGCACAGAGGAUGUUUCCGUGUUUACGCAGAAUCUGGUCAGUGAGCAGCUGAUAUUAUACAAGCAUAUGGACUGGGAAAACACAGGCUGGACUGCAGAAGACUCUUUCACGUUCACAGUGUCCUCCCCACCAGCAGCUCUAGGCCCUGAGGAGUUUCAUAUAACUAUUUCAUAUGAAAUUAAUGAACCUGGUCGGCAGAGUCGUCUGCUUGCCAAUACAGGAGCCGUUGUCAAGGAGGGAGACAAAGUUCUCAUUGGCCAAUCUAAGUUAGAUGCUUCCAACCUCUUACUUAAAUUUCCCACAUCUCAGCGUUCUUCAUAUGAAAUUUGGUUCCAAGUUACAUCUCUUCCUUACCAUGGAACUAUUAUGGUUGGAGAGAGAAACAUUACCGAAAGAAAACCCAAUUUCUCUCAGUAUAUAGUUAAUAAAUUUGGAAUCACAUACCUUCACGAUGACUCUGAGACACUGGCUGAUAACUUUACCUUUGCCGUUUGGCCCAACCGAAAGAGCAAGUCCACCGCUAAGCCAAAGGCUGACUUUCUUGAAGAGACGUUCAACAUCACCAUCACUCCUGUAAAUGACCAGCCACCAGAAUUAAAGACGAAAGGGCUCCGGUCAAAAGUUCUGCAGGGCAACAGGUUGGUUUUAGGGCCCGAAAACCUGAAAGUGGAAGACCUAGACAGUCCUCCAGAGGAGAUCAGUUAUGUGAUCAUCGGUAAUCCUAAUAAUGGCUUUUUGGCAAUGGCUGACCAUCCGCACACACCUGUGCACCACUUCACACAAGCUGACAUUGAUAACUCUCAGGUGUGGUUCAUACAAGAUGGAAGCCCAUCCUCUGGAGUGUUCUACUUCAGUGUGACCGAUGGCCAACACCGCCCGCUCUACAAGCUCUUCCACCUGGAGGUCAUCCCCAUCUCCAUCACCCUUGUGAACCUCACUGACCUACUUUUCCCACAAGGCCAGACAACCGUCCCCAUCACCAAUGCUCACCUGUCAGCAGUGACCAAUGGGAGGAGCCCCCAGAUCACUUACAAGAUAACACGGCCCCUCCAACAUGGGCAUCUGCUCGUUGAAAACCAAGUGGUCGUCAGCUUUGGACAGGAGGAUCUAAAUUCAGGAAAGCUCUCCUACCACAUGACAAACCUCACUGCCUCAGAGGACCAGCUACGGUUCUCACUGUUCACCUCAGAGAGCAACCUGACAGGACAAACACUGCGCAUCAGGGUGCAGCCUUUACUGCGGGUUACAUCAGACCUGACAGUCGCCAACAGAGUGGCCCAUCAGCUGAGGAGAAAGGACCUUGACGCUACUGAGCUUGCUAAGAGGACUAACAGCGAUCCCAGAUUUGAAGUGACAGAGCCCCCCGUCCAUGGCAGACUCGUACGAAGAGUGGGCCGGGGCACUGCACUGGAAGAUGCUGCUCUGUUCACUCAGAGGGAGGUGGACCAAGGGCUGUUGAUGCUCAAGCCACACGCCAACCUAACGGGCACCGGCAGGCUGGAUGACUCCUUCACGUUCCUGCUCAGGGCAGACCACGUACAGCCAGCAACGGGUUGUCUGCCUUUCACCAUCGUGCCACCUGACCCCUUUCUUUUGCAGACCUCCACCCCUGAUGUUUCUCUGUUAGUCACUGCACAUGACCUUGUGACUUCAGGUCUCUCUCAGGAAAAGCUUGCGGUCUCCUCAGGGCCCGCGGCACAGACAGGAACUCCGGCGAAGCUGACCCAGACCCGAUGGCAGGAAGCAGAUCUCUGGGGACGACACCGUGGUGAAGAGCCCACUCUGGAUGUCGAGGCCUCUCCCACCAGAGCCCUUUGGCCACCCGAUGCCACCAAAGCCAGCCCUGGGGCACCCACCCAGCCCAGGGAGGGCAGUCUCCCUCCGAUGGUCAUCAUACCAUUGGCAGUGGUGGUCUUCCUGCUCAUAGUAACCGCAGUGGUCUUGUGCGUCUGGCUGCUGGGUCGGAAGGUAGAAAAGGCAAAACCUCUUAUUAAGCCCCAAAGCAACCCAGAACCCACAACCCCAGGUCCUAGGCCAGAAAGGAGCAUGACUGUUCCCAUCGUCACAGUGACGCCUCUUCUAAAAACCUCGAACGGUCCUCCAGUCAGUCUUUUCUGGGCCCCACAGUGUGAGCACUUGGAAAAAUCUCCAGUCACUGAGCCAGCGGGAAAAUGUGCUCCUUGGGAGACGUGGGUGAAUCUGGAUCCUGACGUGGUCAAGCUCUGCCGACAAACCAACCCGACACUGAAGCACCACCAGUACUGGGUGUAGACGGAGGGUGCUUGCUCCUUGCUGACCACCUACUGUGUGCCAGGUCCUGGGAGACAAAGGCAAAGAAAUACUGGUUGGAUACUGAGAAAAGCCCAGGCCUGCCAUCCCUUGGUGCUCAGCUGUAGCUGCAUGGUUAGAUGUUGGCGGGUGUUUACUGUAACUUUUGUACAGCACUCAUCGUAUGGGCUGUUCACAGUGAACUUUGUGUGCCCUCUUCUGGACCUGAUGCUCUGAGUGUACAUAAGAUGUUUGUCACCAUGUCAACCCUUUACCAAGGUGCGACAGACAGAAGGUGCUGGCCCGACUGCAGAUUAACAUGGGAGCUAGAAUUGGCGGAGGAAGGCUUUGAAUAUUUUUCACAGAGGAUUCACUCUCUCUGAGUGAUUCAGCGAGCAAGUACAAGAGCUGUUUCAGCAAGUAGAAGAGGUUGCUUUUCUCUCCCUACCCAAUUUUAACUGUUCUUUGUGGAAGCAGACGUCACAAUCUACAGAAUAAAUGGAAGCGUAGCGUAUGUGGGCCUAGAGACAACUACCCUUGUCUUAGAUCCUUGGAUGUAAGGCCACAGGCAACCGUGGCUGCCAUCCGGCCAUGGACCAAUGUUGCUGAAGAUGACUUCUCUAUCCUUCUUCCAAAAGUGAUUCUCUCCUGCAUUUCUGGAUUCCCGAAUUGUAUAUAGCCCCCGGAAGUGCUUUUUGUAUUUGACCCCUUUAUUAAGGAGGAGGAAUGAGAGUCCUAACCCAAGGUUGGCUGGAACACUGCACCACUGAGGAUUGUUCUCAGGCCUGUGCUAAGCAGUCGGGCGCUCGGAAGGAGUGGAGUGGCCGUGCUGGAGCUUACUCACAGGAAGACAAGGCUGAGGAGCAUCUUCGCAUCCAGUAAGCGGGCCUUUGCUCUCCCUCGACUGAGCAGGGAGAAUGCCUGUUCUUUCCGGAAGAGCCGGACAUACUUGGCUCUGUGGCCAUGUUGGCCUCUUCCUUGCUUCAGCUAUAAAAUCCCUGGAGUUAGGACUACCAGCCUGGCCAAAGAAAAAAGCCUGAUUCCCUUCCCCUUUUUCCUGUUAACUCUGCAACUCCAGACAAAUAAAUGUGGUGUCCAUGUUGGAAUGAGACCCACACAAAUGCUUUAAAAUGAUAAUUCACGGUGUUUGUGAGUGUACCUGCUACAGCAAGAGCCUCAGUGUGAGAUCCAGAUGUCAAGACCUCGUCAUUAAUCAUGUAAUUCAUAUAGAGCUUGGAAAGAUUUCUUCCAGAGUAUCUGGAAUAUUCUAGCUAUUUGCAUAUGGGUUCAAUUAAAAGGAAACAAUGCCUAUCAUUUGGUACUGGCUCAAAUAAAACACGAAAUAAAACAUUUUGGCAAAGGCUUGUUUGGUGUUGGAAAUUGAAAAUCAAU